AUGGGCUUGUCUCUGUCACGCAUCUACUCGAGUCUAUCGAGCCUCGCGUUCUGGGGGAAAGACAAGGAGGUCCGCAUCCUCAUGGUCGGCCUCGACUCUGCUGGGAAGACAACGAUCCUGUACCGCCUGCAAAUCGGAGAAGUCGUGUCCACCAUUCCCACGAUCGGGUUCAAUGUCGAGACAGUGUCGUACAAGAACAUCAACUUCCAAGUGUGGGACCUCGGGGGACAGUCGAGCAUCAGGCCAUACUGGCGAUGCUACUACGCCAACACACAAGCAAUCAUCUAUGUGAUCGACUCGGCCGACGCGGCGCGCCUGCCUACAUCCCGCUCAGAGCUGUUGACAAUGCUCGCAGAGGAGGAGCUCAAGAACGUUCCUGUGCUCGUGUUUGCCAAUAAGCAGGACAUGGCUGGCGCUCUCUCGCCGGCUGAAAUUAGCGACAAGCUCGGCCUUGCCGGACAGGAGAAGGGGCGGGAGUGGAGCGUGCGCGGGAGCUGCGCGACCAAGGGCGAGGGGCUCGAGGAGGGUCUUGACUGGCUUGUGAACACAAUACAGAAGUAG